AUGCAGAAAGGAGAAAGUGUCGCCCCCCCCCCCCGCCAGUCAUCCCAGCUCCCACCGCCUUGGAAGGAGCUGCUUCCCCAAAGAGCAAGAACGGGAUUCACACCUCCUCCCAGUCGCGAGGCUUUCCUGCGCUUCUCCUCUGGAAGGAUCCGGAUUACUGCCUGGGGUAUGGGCUGCCUCCUGGGGCGAAGCUGGAUUCCCCCCUAAGGGCAAAGGACCUUAUGCUUGAGGGAGGGAGGGAGGGAGGGGAGCCCUGGAUUCCCCUCUGUUUCUGUCUUGCAAGAAACAAGGAAACAGGAGGAUGCAUUGUAUCCGCUGUUGCCACAUUUUGCAGCGCGCUUCUUCUCCGCUUUCUGCUCUCGGUUUCUUGCGCUCAAAGCGUCGCGCAAAAGAGCCGAGCUCUCCUGGCGGAUCGCGCGCUCCAGACACGGGGCUGCUGCUUCCUGA